CUUAAAACUCAUCUUUAUAUGUAUCCUCAAAUUCUCUUCUUCACAUCCACAUCAUACACAUAGGAUGCCUUUAACACAACAAGAGGAGGUUAUUCGACCAACUGCAAAUUUUCAUCCCGAUCUUUGGGGGGAUCAAUUUAUCAUCUAUCAUGAGCAGCAAGAAGAAGUUGGGAUCGAACAAACAAUUAAUGGUUUGAAAGAAGAAGUGAGGAAAGAGGUGUUGGUAGCUAUGAAUGAUCCAACACAACAUACAAAUUUGUUGAAACUAAUUGAUGCUAUUCAACGCCUUGGCAUAGCUUAUUAUUUUGAAAGGGAUAUUGAGCAAGCAUUGCAACAUAUUUAUGAUGCAUACGGUGAUGACUGGAAGGGUCAUAACACAGCACUAUGGUUCCGAAUCCUCCGACAACAAGGCUUCUAUGUUUCCAGCGAUAGUCUCAACAAGUAUCAGGUGGACAACAAUGGAAAGUUUGAGGAAUUCACAACCAACGAUGUUCAAGGCAUGCUCGAGUUGUACGAGGCUACAUAUAUGAGGGUGCCAGGCGAAGCCGUACUCGAUGAUGUUCUUGUUUUCAUAAAAUCUUGUCUUAGUAAAAUAGCAAACGAUCCUAGAUGCGAUGUUAAUCUUUCUAAUCAAAUAAAGAAAGCCCUCGAGAGGCCUAUAAGAAAACGGUUGCCACGACUAGACGCAUUAAGCUACAUACCUAUAUAUGAACAAGACAUUUCUCACAAUAAGUCUUUACUAAAACUUGCAAAGUUGGGAUAUAACCAGCUUCAGUCACAACACAAGAAGGAGCUUAGCCAGCUUUCCAAGUGGUGGAAAGGUUUUGAUGUUCCAAAUAACUUUCAUUUUAUAAGAGAUAGAUUGGUUGAAUGCUAUUUUUGGAUACUGGGUGUCUACUUUGAGCCUCAAUAUUCUCGCGCUAGAAUAUUCUUAACAAAAGUGAUAGGAAUCUCGACGAUUUUAGAUGACACUUAUGACGCUUAUGGUACUUUCGAAGAACUUGUGAUAUUCACUGAAGCAGUUCAAAGGUGGUCACGUACCUGCAUGAAUGAACUUCCAGAUUACAUGAAAUUGUUAUACAAAGGUCUCUUAGAUGUUUAUGAAGAGAUGGAGGUUAUUAUGGAAAAGGAAGGAAAAGCUCAUCAUGUUAAUUAUGCCAAAGUGGCGAUGAAAGAAAUGAUUAGAAAUUUCAUGAUGGAGGCAAAAUGGAGGAAUGAGGGCUAUAUCCCAACAGUGGAGGAACACCAAUCAGUUUCAUUCAUGAGUUGUGGCUACAAAAUGCUUACAAUAGCAGGGUCUGUUGGCAUGGGUGAUAUGAUCACAGACGAGUCAUUUGAAUGGAUUCUCGAUAAUCCUCCACUUAUUAAAGCUUCGAGCAAAAUAUGUAGGCUUAUGGAUGAUAUCGUUGGUCACACGGAGGAGCAGAAGAGAAAGCAUGUUGCAUCUAUUGUUGAAGCCUACAUGAAAGAACAUGAUGUCAGUGAGGAGUAUGCAUGUGAUGUGUUCAAUAAACAAGUAGAGGAAGCAUGGAAAGCUAUGAAUCAAGAAUUAUUUAAAUGUAAAGAUGCCGUUCCUCUGCCUCUUAUAAUGUGUGUGGUUAACCUCGCACGCGUGAUGGAUACCCUAUAUAAAUAUGAUGACACUUUCACACGUGUUGGAGAAGAACUAAAGGGACAUAUCAAAUCCCUAUUUGUUAACGCUAUUACUGUGUGUGUUUAAGUUUGGACUCUCCGUGUUUGUCGUGUUCUAUAUAUCAAUAAUGUUGUUGGUUCAUAUUUAGAAAGAUGUAUUAACUAAUAAAAUAAUAUGUAAGUUCUUCUUUAA